AUGCAAUUGGGGGACGUGUGGGUAGGCGGCCAUGAAAAGACACGGGUCAUGUCUGUUGAGGAGCUAAAAGCUGUGCUAAAGCGCACAGUACCAGAGGAGGAAGUUGAACAUGCCUUCUCUGUGGAAACAAUUGACCAUCAUGACGACAGGUGGGAAUUUUCCACCAACUACAAAGGACAGUGUGGGAUGGCUGCAAUAAUCUUUGGCAUCACCACCUGUGAACUUGGCUUUACUGUAGUUGACACUUACACAUAUCUGGCUGUUCCCAAGGAGCGACAUCGCUUUGUCUCUCCAGAUCGAGCAGAGGACAUGUUCAAGUGGGCAGUGCAAAAUUGUUGGCACAGUGGCAAGCCAGUCUUCAAGCGAGGAUGGUUCCUGGUGACUGAGGCCGUGAUGGCUUCGCACAUAUCUUUGUUCAUGACGCGGAUGAUUGAAAAGAAACAGGACUGCAGCGGAAGACCACUCUCAAGGCUGUGGCGCCACUCCAGUGUGCAGGGGCCAGCAGAGUCUUGGGGAAGGGAUGCUUGGCCUGAACUGUACGAUCUAAUGACAGAGCAGGAGGGCACAUGUCUUGUGAAAGUGAAGAAUAACAGGAGAUUCCUACCCUCGCGUAAGCUUGAAAGUCCAGGAUUCUUCUUUCGAUGA